UCAACGACACUUCCGUGUUUUCAUUAGGCAUUCGCUGAUGUAAUAACAAUACAUUCCUGCAAUAUCUGACUUUGAAAGUGCUACAACAUGGCGGAGCAACCUCAGGCCGCCAUCCAGGGCCUCACCUGCGGGAUCUGUCUUGACAAGGUGAAGCACUCGAAGCAGCUGCCCUGCUUCCACACCUUCUGUCGGGACUGUCUGGAGAAGCACAUCAAGCACUCCAACAACACUGUCACAGACCAGGGGAAAGAGGUCAUCCACUGCCCCCAGUGCCGACGCUCUGUUGCUGUUCCUGCCAAAGGCGUUGAUGGUUUCCCCAGCAGCUACUUUGUGAUGGCGAACUGUGACAUGUCAGAGAUCGAGUCAGGCGAUAUGACCUGCGGGGUGUGCGGGACCGAGGACUCUGCUGUUGGGUUCUGUAUUGAGUGUCGCAAGAACCUGUGUAUGGAGUGCAAGGAGCUGCACAAGAGUGACGAGAAGACUCAGAACCACCACAUCCUGGUCAUGGGAGACGGAAGGAAAACUGUUGAAACCAUAGAGAUGUGUGACAAACAUCCAAGUCAGGAACUCAAGUUCUACUGCACUGAGUGCAGAGUGCCUGUCUGUCUGGAUUGCCGCCAGACUCUGCACUAUGGUCAUACAGCUAUUGACAUAGCUGAAGCUGCAGAGAUAGACCGGGAGAAGCUCACUGAAAUGGUGGAGGAUCUGAAGUUGCUGGGGAUCAAGUUCAAGGCUGCCAAAGAGAAGGCAGACGAGGCAAGAGACAGGAUGAAGGUGAAUGGGGAGGUUGUGGUUGCAGCGGUGGAGACGCGGAAGGAUGAGGUAAAGAAGAUAGUGGAGCAGAUGUGCGAGGAUGGGAUCAAGUUUGUCAAGGAGAAGAUGGAUGCAGAGAAGAAGACCAUUCAGGCAGAGUAUGAAAACAUCAGAGAAGACUAUGACCUCCUUCUGAGAUCCAUUCAGGAGUCUGAAGAGGUUCUGCGACUCAGUGCUGCUUUACAAAUUGUCCGUGUUGCUAAAGAUAUCAGCGAUGUACUUGAGAGAUACGCGACACUUCAGGCUCAAGAGUUGGAUGAGAAGCAGUCCAUUUUUGCUACAGGAAUAUAUGGGACUCAGAUUCUUAGCAACUUUUGUGGAAUGUUUGGCUUUGAACCGCUGAAGCUUAGACCAGCCUUCCAUUUUGAAACAGACCACUUCGUGGAGUUCAGCCUUAUUCCUGUGUCUGCAACACAAGCAUGGGUCUCCUAUUACACCUCUGAAGGAAGUGCACUCGUAAAGUAUGACUUCUCUGGGGAGAAAAAGGAAGAUAUCGCUCUCCAGCCGGAUGGAAACGCUCGAGUUGUGAAGCUGGGCCGCGAGUUUCUCAUGACAUCUAAACAGGAGAAAAAACUGUACAUCUACAAAGGUAAAGCGGAACCACUGCAGGAGUUUGCAGAUGUUGGUCUGCCGCCCAGGGGUAUGGUUCUCACACAGGAGAACCAGAUUGUCCUCUGUACAUCAGAAUCAAAUGGAGACUCCGACAACGCCCUUCUGGUGUUCUCUGAGCGGGGCGACCUGCUGCAGAGGGUUGUAGAGGAGGAUGGCAAGAAGAUCUUUAUGGCCCCAAGGUACAUUGCCGUCAACAUCAAUGGUGAUAUCUGUGUGUCUGACAAAGGAGCGAGCUGUGUGGUCAUCCUGAAUAAGAACUUCCAGGUCAAGGCGCGCUACAUUCCACCAGAAAGUCUCAAGCUUCGUAGCUCCUUCUGCCCUCGAGGUGUCUGCUGUGACAAGUUUGGCCGCAUCAUCGUUGCCGAUGGCUGUAACAACAAACUACAUCUUCUGUCAGCUCAAGGGGACUUCCUCCGCUUCCUGGUGGGGGAGUCUGACAGCAUCAAGUGGCCGCGCCUAGUUUCCACAGGACCUGGAGACAAACUAUGGGUAGUCUGUCGCGGAAAUGUUCAAGUUUUUGACUACCUUGACAACUAAACCUUAACCUUGGGACAGAUGAAGUCAGCUGAAGGAACAUACCUUACCACAACUACUGGAUGUCAACUGUUCCAUGCUUCAAUUUGCAGCAUGUCUUCUGUUCAUGUUGGUUAGGAUUGAUAUGAAAUGCAAAGGUUCCAUAAGGACUGACUAUUUGAUAUUCUCGGGGUCUGGGAUUCGGUCAAAAAAUUAAUUUGCCCAUCAAACUGCACAAAAGAAAUUUUGUUUUUUUAUUAUGCUUCAGUUUGUUGAAACAAAAUAGAUGCCACAAAAUAUACAGUGUGGCAUGGUGUUCUUAAAAAAAUAUAUAUUUAGGCUCAUAAAUUAUUUGCAGCUGUGGCUGAAAAAAUAUCUCAUCUCAAUACAAAAUGUCCCCCCUCCAAAUAUCAAACGGCCGACUUAGUGAUCGUCUCAAUACAAAAUGCCCCCCUCCGAAUAUCAAACGGCCGACUAAGUGAGUGUUGAAUGAGUAUUGUGUUAGUGUGAGAGAGUGAAUGUGUGAGUGAGUAGUGAAUGUGUGAAUGAGUGUUGAGUGAGUAUGACAUGAAGACGUUCUUUUCUAAAUGUUAUGGUACCUUCUAUUGGCAUACUCUUUAAUCGUUUUAUGAAUCAAACAUUGAUAAAAUGUGAUAUCAGCACUGUAUGCAUUUUUGCUGUUGCAUGUGUCAAAGGUCAAAAGCUUUUUGUGCCGCUCUGCUAACAUAGAGGAUGUGUUGAGACAUUUAUGAGAUGUUUGUAUGACUCACUCUGAUUAAUUUAUUGAUAUGAACACAAUGUCAACAAAAUUAAGCUGAUGUGAUCAUGUACUUAAAGAAUUUUUAUCAUUUAAGAAAAUCUGGCCAUGUCCAUCAUAUGAAGGACAAAUUAAUCUUUUUGUUUUUAUCUUAUGACAUUUUUGAUAUCUAAUUCAUGAAAAUGUAUUAAAUUCAUGACAUAUGCACAUUGCAAGG